CUUUGUGUGCUGUCAUUUACUGCAUCAACGCAAGUUUAAGUACGUGUGCCAAAUAAUGGUGCACUUUACCUUGUUACUGGUCAGACAAGUGACAGAAAUGAAAAAGAAAUACAAACGAAAUAAAAAUUGUAAUCAAUAGCAAAUGUUCCUCGGUCGAUUGCAAAAGCAUUAUGGUGAGGUAGCUUUUCUGUCUGCAAACAAAGCAUAGAAGCUUUAAAGGAUUUGCACGUGUUAAAACAAAUAAAUCUGGAAAGUUAAACAAGCCGCUAUUAACGUUGAUGGAUACAAAAUAAUUCUGAACUAGCGAUAACGUUGAAUUAUUUGUUAAGUGUGAUUGAAAUGACAGUGAAAAUAAAAUUAAUGGAAACAAAACCUGAAAAUUGCACUCCUCGAGUAUAACUGAAAUAGAUUUUUAUGAUGCCUUGUUGAUGCGGAACAAUAUAAAAUGGAAACGCUACAAUGAACAUUUACGAGAAAUCAGUGAUCAGACACUGCCGAAGGAUUCGGAAUUACUAAAUAAAAAUUUGAGGAUAUAAGUCUAAAUCUCAACAAGGUUGCUUAAUUUAUACAUAAUGAAGUGGAAAAAGAUAUAAAAGUAAGCGUGGUCUUUACUUUAGUAUUCAGUUGUUUAUAUGUGGGUCAGAACAGCUGUGCAUUAAUAAAUGAUACAAACGUCUUACUGCGUGACGUUUUUGAAAAGUACAAUAGAAACGUAAGACCAGUGGAAAAUCAAAAUGAUCCAGUACAUGUCAAUGUUACUCUACUGCUUGUUUCUAUAAAAGAACUUGAUGAGAUUCGUGGAAUAUUGUCGAUAAUGGGAACUUUUGUAAUAACAUGGCACGCUGCAAAUAUGAGGUGGAAUCCUAAAGAUUAUGAUGGGAUAGAUGAACUUACGGUAUCAUAUACAGACGUCUGGGUACCUGAACUGGUCCUUGUAAACCCUGCAGAAGAAACAGGUACUCUUGGUAAGAAAUGGCAAAAAGUUAACUUUCACCACACUGGAUUUGCCUCAUGGUGGCCUGCAGAUCUUCUUAAAAGUACUUGUGCUUUGGAUGUGUAUAGUUACCCAUUUGAUACUCAAGAAUGCUUCUUAUGGUUUACUGCAUUGGGAUAUUCUUCUGACAAGGUAAAAAUAAGUUCACCAAAUGACGAAAUCGACUUGAGCUUUUACAUUGAAAGUUCAACGUGGAAAAUAUCUAAAUCAAAGGCAAGUGCUUUUUACGGAGGCUUGCAAAUACACUUUCAUAUUAACCUACAGAGGAAACCUGGUUUUGUUAUAGUAAAUAUAGUUCUUCCCCUAAUUUUCCUAAGCCUGCUGAAUGCAUUUGUGUUUGUACUUUUACCCGAAUCGGGUGAAAGAAUUUCAUACUGUAUCACAGUGUUAUUGUCGAUAGCCGUUUUCAUGACAAUUGUUAGUGAUACCCUCCCAAAAAGCUCGGAACCAGUUCCACUUAUUUCGUACAAACUGAUGACUGAUAUGGUGAUCAGCUCUCUAAUUACACUGGUCACAAUACUGAACCUAAGAUUGUACAAUAAAAAGGACACAAAAGUCGUCCCGAACUGGUUGCAGUCUAUGUAUAUGUUUCUAUCCUGUAAACGGUUGAAAUCUCGCGUUCAUUUGAACUGGGAUCAUGCUAAAGGCAUGGAAAAUGCAGAAAACCAGACAGAGAAAACUCAUAAGGGAAACAAGUCGUUGAAUCGGAAACGGUCAAAGCGAAGGCAAUCCGAAGUUCAGAUUGCUAGAAAACCGUCAAUUGCAGUUGUUAAUUUAGAAGAACUCCGAGGUGAAAGUAUUAAAGGACAAAUAGUGAGAAUGGUCUCAGAAAUGGAGGGGGAGAACGAUGCCUAUAUCCAGGUAUCGUGGAAGAAUAUUAGCAACAUGGUAGAUGGCAUUGCAUUUGUAACUUUCACAUUGUUGUCUAUUUGCAGCCUUGUAGUGUUCUUUAUCAUUACUUUAAACUGAUUUAAGGAUGUACGUACGUUUUUUUUAGAAAACUUAUGCUAAAAGUUAAUGCUAAAUGAUUAAAAUAUGGCUAUUAAUGUACCAUUGAACCAAACAAAUUCUACUUGUUACGAAAAACUUUUUUCACCCUUAUUCUUUGCUGUCAUUUGCCUAACAUUGACGUAAGAUGUACAAUGAGGUAGGGGUCGGUAAUUUCAAAUAUCCAUUUCAAAUAGCCUCGGGUUGUUAUCAUCUUGCCAGUGCCAUUAUCACUCAAAGGCACCGCUCUCCGUUCCAUUUACCUAUACAUAAAGUUACCUCAUUUUUCUAUUUUACUUAAUUUAAGAAAUGCUUAAAUAGUAAGUGAAGAAAAUUCACAAUAAAAUAAAUUGAGUGCAGUGACCUAUGCUUUUUUGUACUUACUUCUCUUAGAAACUAAUGUUCUUCUAGCUCACAGAGCAUGAAAAAUAUCAAUUGUAGAAAAAAACAAAUGAUUCUACAUCCUUAAAACAACUAAACAUAAUGCCGUCAUUGCCGUCAUAUCUAAAAAGAACAUUUAAUAUUUGUGCGAUUAUAUUCUUCACUUACGUAUUCUUAUUUAAAUGUAUUCACUCGUUAGCUACAACUACCAAGUGUAGUUUUCUGGCUUUUUAAAAAUGGAGUCUAGCAGGAAAGUGAAUGAAAUAUUAUCUUUACGUAUUAAUUAUAUAUUUUUGUAAUUUUCCUUUGUUAAUAAUAUUGAAAGAAUUGUAGAAUGAUCAGUUAAAAAAGUUCUUAUCGUAGUAUUCAAAAUAUUGGCAAAAUAGAUUCUAAUCUCUAUCAAGAACUAGAAAUAUUUCAUAAAAAUAUCGAAAAAGAACUCGCAAAGUGAAUAGCUCUUGUAGUAACUGCGUUUUUAGGUUUAGAAUUGAUCACUUGUAGCUUAUUUAAAAAAUCCACAUUUCUGUGAAAUCAUUUAAUUUCGUCGGCACGAAAUUUCGUGGUUUUGCCCAAUACGGCUGUUAUGUUGGGACGUAAAUUCGUGGAUUUUCA